AUGGACUUGCAUCUGAAGCAAUGGAGAAACCAGCAUGAGUCAGAGCAACAACCUUCUGCAAAGAUACCAAAACAUCUCGAUCCCCAUCAUCAACAACAGCAACAGCAACUCCCGCCUGGGUCUUCUUCUCUCCCUUUGUUUGUACCUGAACUCAACAGUAAAAUCUGUAGCAGCAACCUGUCAGCACUUCCAGAUUCAAAUACCCGAUUUACCGGUAUGGCAAGUUACUUCAGCUUGGCUCAGUGGCAGGAACUGGAGUUACAAGCUUUGAUCUACAGAUACAUGUUAGCUGGCGCUGCUGUUCCGCCUGAACUCCUCCAACCAAUCAAGAAAAGCCUUCCUCAUUCUCCUACAUAUUUCCUCCACUAUCCUCUUCAACAUUAUUCACAUUACCAGCCAGCCUUGUUGCAAUCAGGGUACUGGGGAAGAGCAGCAACGGAUCCAGAGCCAGGUCGGUGCCGGAGGACUGACGGAAAGAAGUGGAGGUGCUCGAGGGACGUGGUUGCUGGCCAGAAGUAUUGCGAGCGCCACGUGCACCGUGGCCGCAACCGUUCAAGAAAGCCUGUGGAAAUGCCCACAUCUAGCACCACCACCAGCAUCACGAACAAUAAUGCCACUGCUCCUUUUGGUGGUGCUUCCGGUACUGGUGUUGGUGCUAUCGGAUGUGGUUCUCUUAAAGCCAGUUCCCCAAUUACCUCCCCGCCCUUAGCAGCGGUGGCUAACGGACCCAACAAUUUUGGCCUUUCAGGGCCCUCCCCUCCCAUUGAUCUUCUUCACCUUAAUCAUAGCUCCUCAGAGUCAAAAAAUGAACAUAGAGGCCUUUUCGAAGCCCAUACUGAAGUGGAUAACAGAUCUGAUGGUCACAUAUUGAGGCACUUUUUUGAUGAUUGGCCGAGAUCCCUACAAGAAUCUGACAAUUCUGGAACAAAUGCAAGCCGGAUGAAUUCUGCAACAUGCCUCUCCAUUUCAAUACCUGGAAAUUCCUCAUCAGAUGUGUCGUUGAAGCUGUCUACGGGCAAUGGAGACCAACUGGGUAGCCGGGACAACGAAAGGGAUCAGCCACAAUUGAAUUGGGCCGCGGGGUGGGCCUCAAACCACGUAGCGUCGAUGGGAGGACCCCUUGCCGAGGCUUUAAGAUCAUCAACAUCUAAUUCAUCACCUACUAGUGUUCUGCAUCAGUUGCCCAGGGGUUCUGCAUCUGAGACAAGCUAUGUUAGCACUUGAAUUUAGUAGGUAAUGCUGUGUUAUUUGUCUUUUAACUUAACCCUUUUACGCACUCCAAACACAUUUCCAUGUGUAAAUUGCUUUCACUUUCUGUUUUUGACUUUCAUUGAACAAAAUUGACUGCAUGAUGUGUUGUAAUAUUAGAUUGCAGCAGUCGCUAUCUGUUUUAAAGAGGUUUCGUUAAAUAAGUUUGCGAGAAAGACAAGCACCCCGA